CUUUAAAUCUUGUGCUCCAGUUGAGUUUUGAGUUUGGAGCAUUCUUAUAGCGAUAGCACUGGGAGCUGAAGGAUCCUUACCAAAAUUGUUGUCUCUGUUAAAGAUAAUGGAACAGAAAUGCAAAAUCGGUGGUCAAAGUUUGAGAAAGCCAGAAGUUGUGAACGAGGACAGGAUCAGUGAGUUGCCUGAACCUUUGCUUCUACAGAUAUUGUCUUCAGUUCCAACAAAAACUGUCAGAGCCACCAGUGCUUUGUCUAAAAGCUGGAGAUCUCUUUGGGAGUUGGUGCCAAAUCUCAAGUUUGAUUCUGAAUUCGACAAAAGUGAACACCAUAGUUUCUCAGAGAUUGUUUUCAGGUCUUUGCUUUCACAUAAACAUCCUGUUCUAGAGAGUUUGCAUUUGGUAGCUAGAGAUGAAUCUGAAGCUUCAGAUGUUGGAAUAUGGAUUGGGGCUGCAUUUGCACGCCAUGUGCGUAAAUUGGUAUUGGAUCUUCAUAAUCAAGAAAGUGUGUCAUCAGCCAGACUUCCGAGUGUUUUGUGGAGCUUUAAUAGCACACUCGAGACCUUGGAACUCAAGAAUUUGAUUCUUUUAGAUAUCCCUUCUUCCGUUUGUUUGAAGUCCCUUAGGAAGCUGCAAUGUCUCUUGAAUCUUUUUGAUGGCUGCCCCGGUUUGGAAGAUUUGUCCGUGAAUCGGAAACGCAAUACUGAUGUGUUUUAUUUCUUUAUUGAGGUGCCAUCAUUACAGAGACUUACCAUCAAAGAUUCUUUCGCUGGAGAAGGUGGUGAAGGCUAUGUGAUAUUUACCCCUUCUUUGAAAUACUUGAACAUCAGCGGGUUUGAGUUGCUUGCGUUUUGCCUGUUUUACGACACGCCAAAGCUGGAAGAGGCAAAAGUCGUUGACAUUUCUUAUAUAUUCAACCAGAACAUUUUAUCAAUUCUAACUUCAGCCAAGCGUCUUACUUUAGACUUAUCAUCCUUCAAGAACGAGUAUCCUACUGGUAUUAUCUUCCAUCAGCUGGUACAUUUGGAGCUAAGUACACUAAAACAGUGGAAUCUACUCUCGCUCAUGCUCGAUAGUUGUCCAAAAUUGCAAACCCUCAAGCUCAUCGACCUAUGCCGGUAUGCUGAAAAAGAUUGUCUGGUGGGUUGGGAUUGGAGUCAACGAAAAUGUGUACCUGACUGUCUGUUGUUCCAUCUUGAGACAUUUAUGUGGACAGUAUACGACUGGGAACAAGAAGAUGAAGAAGAAGUGGCCAUAUACAUCCUAAAGAACGCAAGACGCUUGAAGAAAGCAUUCAUCUCUACAAAACCCAUCAAAUCUAAAGAAGUCAAGAAGUUGGAAAAGAGACGUGAGAUGCUUAACCAGUUGGCUACUGAGGUCAGGGCUUCAAUGACAUGUCACCUCGAGUUCAAAUGUGAUACUUUUUUUUUAUAAUUAGGAUGUAUUCGUAACAUCUUCCGUAAUGUGACAAUAGGUUUUUAACACCUAAAAAGAUGAUCUUCUACUAUGUAUUUAGGUUUUUGAAUCUGAAGAGCAUCAUUAUUGAUGGGCUCAAAGCUAAGAAAAGUCUCUUAUAUAAGAGAUAUUUCAUUA